GACUUCCUCUCCCGUACUGCACCCCACCAUGUUUACCGGUAUCGUCGAAAUAAUCGGCACUGUUGCCUCCCUUGAGAAGCUCGAUCAGACAGCCUCAGGAGGCGGGGGCACGUCUCUGACAAUUUCGGGAUGUGAGGAAAUCUUGGGGGAUUGCCAUUUGGGCGACAGUAUCGCUGUCAACGGAACAUGUCUCACUGUCACGCAGUUUGACAAGUCGUCAUUCAAGAUUGGAGCCGCUCCCGAGACGCUCCGGCGAACAAACUUGGGGUCGUUGAAGCAAGGCUCUAAGGUCAACCUCGAGCGCGCCGUUUCUUCGACCACGCGUAUGGGCGGCCACUUCGUACAGGGACAUGUCGAUACCAUUGCAACUAUAGAAUCCAUCACCCCAGACGGCAACGCGCUUACCUUCCGCUUCAAGCCCCGAGACCCCUCAGUACUGCGAUACAUUGUCGAGAAGGGCUAUGUCACGAUAGACGGAGCAAGCUUGACAGUCACCAAGGUGGAAGAUGGCCCAGAAGGCUGGUGGGAGGUCAUGUUGAUCGCAUACACACAGGAGAAGGUGGUGACGGCGAGCAAGAAGCCGGGCGACGACGUCAAUGUCGAGGUAGAUCAGGUGGGCAAAUACGUGGAGAAGAGCGUAGCCGGCUACUUUGAAGGGGCUGCGAAUGGAGAAUUCGCGAUACUAGAGAAGAUGGUCACAAAGCUAGUUGACGAGAGGCUGAAGGCUCUCGGAAAAUAAUUAGGCUCAUGCUGUACCGUACAC